AAAUACUUCCUGGCUCCAAAAUGCACAGUGCACUUAUAAGAGAUUAUAACCAUCGCUGGAGAAGAUGAUUAUUAUCAACAAAAUGGGGUUUUCUUUGACUGUGCUCCUCCUGGCUGCAUGGGCCUGUCUGGCAGAUGUGACUCACAGCGAAGAAGGGAUGAAACGCUCUGUGUCGGCUUCCAGGUCAGAAUUACUCCGUCCCAGGCGAAUGGUUGGGGGGACUUUGGCUCCUCAUGUCCCCUGGCAGGCCAUGGUCUACAUUGCUGACAGUGUGCUGGACGGAGGCUUUGCAGGUGGUGCUCUCAUCUCUGAUCGCUGGGUUUUGACAGCUGGAAGGAACCUUUUUGUCAAAAAAAGUCGACAGGAUAUUCAGGGAAAAGAUCCCGUCAUUCCUAAAGUGUACCUGGGAAUUUCACAACGGGCGGAAGCUGAUGCCUCCAAAGAGGUCGCUGUAGAGAAGGUUGUUCUCCAUCCAGGCUUCCAGAACCAAUCUGACUGGGACAACAACCUGGCUCUGAUCCAGCUGAAGGAGCCUGUGGUUAUGAGUGAUAAAGUGACCCCAAUCCCUCUGCCAGAGAGAGGCCAAGACCUGGCAGACACCUUGAGAGGGUCAGGGGUCAUCACCGGCUGGGGCUGGGGGGCUCUCCUCACCCCAGCUGCAUCACUCAAACACCUUGUACUCCCCCUGGCCAGUCACUCUGACUGUAAGGCCGAAUAUGAACAUAUCAAGCUCACACCAGCUGUAGACGACAAUAUGUUCUGCACUGGACCCAGCAAGUUUGAGGAAAAUGUUUGCUUUGGUGAUGCAGGAGGCGCUCUGGUUGUGACAGAUGCUGAAACCGGGGACAUUUACGCUGCAGGGAUCCUUUCCUAUGACAAGUCCUGCAACAGGUACGAGUAUGGAGUCUAUAUGAAGAUUUCCUCAUAUUUGCCCUGGAUCCACAGUGUCGUCAGAGGGGAUACAGAGAAAUCGUCUGCUCUGCGCUCUGAUGCAAUGUCUAAGAUGUACGCAUGGCAGCUAUAGAGCCACAGGCUCUGUAGAGAAAUCAUUGUAAUGUGUUGAGUCAUUGAAUUUUAUUAAAUGCUUGUCAUGUGA